GGUCUCCUGGAGGCAAGGCGACCUUGCUUGCCCGCUAUUGCAGAAUAACAAGGGGCUUAGCCACAGGAGUUGCUGGCAAGUGGCAAGAAGAGUAAAUGAGUCAAUCCUGACGUGUCAAUCCCGACGAUAGAAAGCUCGGAGGUGAUCCACAAAUCCAAGCACCCAGAGUUCAGUUGGGAUCCUUGGCAGAUGGACAUCAGUGCCAUUUACUAACCAGCAGGAUGGAGACCACGCCCUUAAAUUCUCAGAAGCAGCUCUCAGCGUGUAAGGAUGGAGAAGACUGUCAGGAAAAUGGAGUUCUACAGAAGGUUGUUCCCACCCCAGGGGACAAAGUGGAGUCCGGGCAAAUAUCCAAUGGAUACUCAGCAGUUCCAAGUCCUGGUGCGGGAGACGAUACACGGCACUCUAUCCCGGCGGCCACCACCACCCUAGUGGCUGAGCUUCAUCAAGGGGAACGGGAGACCUGGGGCAAGAAGGUGGAUUUCCUCCUCUCAGUCAUUGGCUAUGCUGUGGACCUGGGCAAUGUCUGGCGCUUCCCCUACAUAUGUUACCAGAAUGGAGGAGGGGCAUUCCUACUCCCCUACACCAUCAUGGCCAUUUUUGGGGGAAUCCCGCUCUUUUACAUGGAGCUCGCGCUGGGACAGUACCACCGAAAUGGAUGCAUUUCAAUAUGGAGGAAAAUCUGCCCGAUUUUCAAAGGGAUUGGUUAUGCCAUCUGCAUCAUUGCCUUUUACAUUGCCUCCUACUACAACACCAUCAUGGCCUGGGCGCUAUACUACCUCAUCUCCUCCUUCACGGACCAGCUGCCCUGGACCAGCUGCAAGAACUCCUGGAACACUGGCAACUGCACCAAUUACUUCUCUGAGGACAACAUCACCUGGACCCUCCAUUCCACCUCCCCAGCUGAAGAAUUUUACACGCGCCACGUCCUGCAGAUCCACCGGUCUAAGGGGCUCCAGGACCUGGGGGGCAUCAGCUGGCAGCUGGCCCUUUGCAUCAUGCUGAUCUUCACUGUUAUCUACUUCAGCAUCUGGAAAGGCGUCAAGACCUCUGGCAAGGUGGUGUGGGUGACAGCCACCUUCCCUUAUAUCAUCCUUUCUGUCCUGCUGGUGAGGGGUGCCACCCUCCCUGGAGCCUGGAGGGGUGUUCUCUUCUACUUGAAACCCAACUGGCAGAAACUCCUAGAGACAGGGGUGUGGAUAGAUGCAGCUGCUCAGAUCUUCUUCUCUCUUGGUCCGGGCUUUGGGGUCCUGCUGGCUUUUGCUAGCUACAACAAAUUCAACAACAACUGCUACCAAGAUGCCCUGGUGACCAGCGUGGUGAACUGCAUGACGAGCUUCGUUUCGGGAUUUGUCAUCUUCACGGUGCUCGGUUACAUGGCUGAGAUGAGGAAUGAAGAUGUGUCUGAGGUGGCCAAAGAUGCAGGUCCCAGCCUCCUCUUCAUCACAUAUGCAGAAGCGAUAGCCAACAUGCCAGCGUCCACUUUCUUUGCCAUCAUCUUCUUUCUGAUGUUAAUCACGCUGGGCUUGGACAGCACGUUUGCAGGCUUGGAGGGGGUGAUCACAGCUGUGCUGGAUGAGUUCCCACACAUCUGGGCCAAGCGCCGGGAGUGGUUUGUGCUCGCCGUGGUCAUCACCUGCUUCUUUGGAUCCCUGGUCACCCUGACUUUUGGAGGGGCCUACGUGGUGAAGCUGCUGGAGGAGUACGCCACGGGGCCUGCAGUGCUCACUGUCGCGCUGAUCGAGGCAGUCGCUGUGUCUUGGUUCUAUGGCAUCACUCAGUUCUGCAGGGACGUGAAGGAAAUGCUGGGCUUCAGCCCGGGCUGGUUCUGGAGGAUCUGCUGGGUGGCCAUCAGCCCUCUGUUUCUCCUGUUCAUCAUUUGCAGUUUUCUGAUGAGCCCGCCACAGCUACGACUUUUCCAAUAUAAUUAUCCCCACUGGAGUAUCAUCUUGGGUUACUGCAUAGGAACCUCAUCUUUCGUCUGCAUCCCCACAUACAUAGCUUAUCGGCUGAUCAGCACUCCAGGGACAUUUAAGGAGCGUAUUAUUAAAAGUAUCACCCCAGAAACACCAACAGAAAUUCCUUGUGGGGACAUCCGCUUGAAUGCUGUGUAACACACUCAAUGAGAGGCAAAAGGCUUCCCCACAACCUCCUCCUCCAGUUCUGACGAGCCACGCCUGCCUUGUCCCCUCCAAGUGGAUGAGUUUCCAGCUAAGCCUGAUGAUGGAAAGGGCCUUCUCUACAGGGACACAGUUCCAAGAGACGAUGGUGCCCAGACUCAAGGCCUCCAGCCACUCAUUUCCAUGGACUCCCCUGGACAUAUUCCCACGGUAGACUGUGACGCAGCUGAGCCGGCCUGUUGUGGACGUGCGAGGAUGUGAAUGGAGGUGAUGAAAAGCACCCUAUCAGUUAGGAUUAGGUUUAGAAUCAAGUCUGUGAAAGUCUCCUGUAUCAUUUCUUGGUAUGAUCACUGCUAUCUGAUACCUGUUUGCUUCUGAAGUUUUCACUGUUCAUGAAUACGUAAACUGAGUAGGAGAGAACAGGGAUGCUAUCUCACUAGCCAUAUAUUUUCUGAGUAGCAUACAGAAUUUUAUUGCUGGAAUCUACUAGAACCUUCUAAUCCGUGUGCUGCUGUGGUGUCAGGAAAGGAAGAUGUAAGAAGCUAAAAUGAAAAAUAAUGUGUCCAUGUAAGCAUGUGAGUCUGUGUAUAUUGUUGUUUCAGUGUAUUCUUAUCUCUAGUCCAAUACUUUGGGCCCAUUACAAUUAUAUGAAUUUCCCCAAAUUUUUCUUACAUUAACAAAUUCUACCGACUCAA